AUGGCCUGGUUGUUUAUGGUUGCCCAUGAAGAGUUGUGUAUCAUAUUGUAUUUGAUCACCUACUUCAGCCUUUGGUUUUUCAAUAAACAAAAUCAACACCGCUGGGUGGAUUUAGAAAAACCUCUAAAAAAGCAGCUAGACAAAUAUGCUUUGGAGUCCACAGUGUAUUUUGGAGUGUUAUUUUAUGUGCCAAGUGUUUCACAACUUCAGGAAGAGAUUACACGUUAUCAGUAUUAUCUUCAGCUGAAGAAAGACAUCUUGGAAGGGCGCAUUCCUUGUACAUUAGAGCAAGCAAUACGGCUAGCUGGUUUAGCUGUGCAGGCUGACUUUGGAGACUAUGACCACUAUAAUUCCCAAGACUUUCUUCAGAAGUUUGUCCUGUUUCCCAUUGACUGGAUUCAGGAUGAAAACAUGCUGGAGGAAGCCACACAGAAAGCGGCACUGCUUCAUCAGAAGUACAGAGGGCUCACUGCUGCAGACGCAGAGAUGCUGUACAUGCAAGAAGUAGAAAGGAUGGAAGGCUAUGGAGAGGAAAGCUACUUAGCAAAGGAUAGCCAAGGUACUGAUUUGUACAUUGGAGCUUGCCUCGACGGAAUAUUUGUGAAACAUAAAAAUGGUCAUCCGCCUGUCAUUUUUAGGUGGCACGAUAUUGCCAAUAUGUCCCACAAUAAGUCUUUCUUUGCUUUGGAGCUUACGAAUAAAGAAGAAACUGUCCAUUUUCAAACUGAAGACAUUGAAACUGCCAAGUAUAUUUGGAGAAUGUGUGUUGCUCGCCACAAGUUCUACAGGCUCAACAAAUUCAACUUAAAUCCAUUUGCUUCACUCCCUGCUGAAGGCUCCCAGAAACCUUUACUUUCUUUUUCCUUUCCUCGCUUUCCGAAUCUUUCUCGUCCUUCUCUUCCCAAAGGACAAUCUCAGACAUCAUCCGUGAAUCCUCUUCGUCGUAGGUCAUCGACACGAUUAUCUGUGCCAAAACCUCCACCUUUCAUAAUACCUUCAUCACAAUUGCACUACAAUGGACCCUACACUGAGCAGUACUGUUCUUCUCAAGAUAACUUGCUUGUCAACAACCAGAAUGGCUACUUUUAUCAUUCCCAAACCAGCUUGGACAGAGUCCCACCAGAAUAUAAUGGCAGAAUCCGAAAUGGCAGUGUCUACAGUGCACACAGUACCAGCUCCCUUAACAACCCUCAGCACUAUAUUCACCCAUCUCCUAUGUCCUCCAACCCAAGCAUAACUGGAAGUGAUGUCAUGAGGCCUGAUUAUAUCCCAUCACAGCGGCAUAGUGCCUUAGUAGCACCUUCUUAUCGCCCUACUCCAGACUAUGAAACUGUGAUGAGGCAGUUGAAGAGAGGAGUGAUGCACAGUCAAAGGCAAAGUCACUCCAUGCGAAAUCUCAAUACAGGUAAUUCCUAUGCCUAUAACAGGCCUGAUGCACUAGUUUAUAGCCAGCCUGAAAUAAGGGAACAUGCACAGUUUGGUUCACAGCAGGCCAGUCACCAUCCCUUACACCUAAAUUACAGUUUCCACAGUCAGUCUGCAUAUCCAUAUCCAGUGGAACAGCGUCCAGUCAUGGGGGCCGUGAGUGUACCUGAGCUUACCAAUGCACAGCUGCAGACUCAAGAUUAUCCUGCACCAAAUAUAUUAAGAACACAAGUAUAUCGUCCUCCUCCUCCUUAUCCCUAUCCAAGACCUGCUAACAGUACACCUGACCUCUCCAGGCAAAUGUAUGUGAGCAGUAGUAACCCAGAUCUCAUCACUAGGCGGGUUCACCAUUCUGUGCAGACUUUCCAAGAGGAUAGCUUGCCUGUUGCACAUUCUCUCCAGGAAGUCAGUGAGCCCCUGAUUUCAACAAAAUCUGCCAACUUACAGAAAAGAAACAGCAUUGAAAUAGCUGGUUUGGCCCAUGUUAUUGAAGUCAUCAAACUUAAAGAGAGGACUAUGUCUGCUUCUGCAGCGGACAUGCCUGUUUCAAGAACAGCAGCCACAAAUUCACAACCCAGCAUUUUUGUAAGGCGAGCAAAACCAGGAGAAAGUGAAGAACAAGAGGAAGAACAAUAUGGCCAUAAGAAGUCACUUUCAGAUGCUACCAUGCUGAUUCAUAGCAGUGAAGAAGAUGAAGAGGAGUUUGAUGAAGAAAACAGAGCUGACAUCCUGAGAUCACCACAUAUACAUGAUCAGCCACAAGUCCCAGACAUAGCUGAACAAUACUCUGGUCAUCCUUCAGCUACUUACGCUUAUAGCUCUGCUCCUUCCCUUGUCACCCCUUCACAAGAUUUUGAACACCACGAAAGAGUUUUGGAGGUCAAAGAAGAUAACAGAAUGCAUGAGUUUGGUCUUUUGAUGUGGCCAGCAGAACUGCAGGUUCCACGGCCAGGAGAGAGUGCCUUAAUACCCUCUGUUUCUGAAUCUGACCUAAGCAUAUCAGGAAGGUUAAGACCACGAAAGGAUUCUCCUAAGAAAAGACCUGUUUCUGAUGUGCCAGUUGGGAAGAGUAUAACAGAAGACCUUCUACCUCUGAGAGUUAUGAAGAAAAGCACCAAAACUGAUAUAAAGAAAGUCGGACCACUUAAAGUGGCAGCUUUGAAUGGAUUAACUUUGUCUCGUAUGCCUUUGCCUAAUGACAGUAGGAGUGAAUCUGCUAGAGUCUCCAAUGAUGAAAGGUGGAGAAUUUUGGAGCAGCGGCUAGAGCAGGGGAUGGUGUUUACAGAAUAUGAGCAAGUUACAAAAAAAAGACUGAAUGCCGAGUGCACCAUUGCCCAGCUCCCUGAAAAUACAGAAAGAAACCGAUUCCAGGAUGUAAUACCUUAUGAUGAUACAAGAGUGGAACUGGUACCGACCAAGGAAAACAACACGGGUUACAUCAAUGCCUCCCAUGUUAAGGUAAAAAUUGGUAGAUAUGAAUGGGACUACAUUGCCACACAAGGGCCUCUUCACAGUACCUGCCAAGACUUUUGGCAGAUGGUUUGGGAACAGGGUGUUGCCAUUGUAGCCAUGGUGACAACAGAAGAGGAGGGUGGACGUGAGAAGAGUUUUAGAUAUUGGCCAAGACUGGGCUCCCGACAUAACACUGUUACUUAUGGAAGGUUUAAGAUAACCAUCCGAUUUCGUACAGACUCUGGUUGCUAUGCAACAACAGGCCUGAAAAUCAAGCACCUUCUGACUGGACAAGAGCGGACAGUUUGGCAUCUUCAGUACACCGAUUGGCCAGACCAUGGCUGCCCAGAAGAUUUAAAAGGGUUUCUGUCAUACUUGGAAGAGAUCCAAUCAGUGCGUCGUCACACUAACAGUUCAGCAGAUCCUGCAACCCCCAAUCCUCCUGUGCUGGUACACUGCAGCGCUGGUGUGGGAAGAACUGGAGUGGUUAUUCUGUCAGAGAUCAUGAUUGCAUGUCUGGAACACAAUGAGGUGCUGGACAUUCCUAGUGCUCUGGACAUGCUGAGGCAGCAGAGGAUGAUGAUGGUGCAGACUUAUGCACAAUACACUUUUGUGUACUGUGUUCUCAUUCAGUUUCUGAAAAACUCCAGGCUUAUAUAAGCCUUUUGAUUGCAGAGGAGACCUUUACAUUUGAGCCAAUGCUGCUAUAACUUGAAGAACGCACCCUGGCAGUGCCUGAGGGAAGUACAUUUUUACACAAAUAGACUAGGUCUGAUGGAGAAAAGGAGUUAUAAGUGAUCCCUGACACUCGGUCAUGGAGUUUGUACUGACUUAACUACAUGUAGCAAUGUUAUGUCAAAAAUAUUUCUGGUAGAACACCAGAAGAAGUCACAUUCUUCAAUGAAGGAAAAGCAGUACUGUCCUUUGAAGUUACAGGUUUAUUACUGUUCUCAUUCAUUUUUCUUUUGCCAAGAAAACUAACAACUUCUUAACAUUUAUUUAAGCACUUCUGUGGCAAAAAAAGUGCUGUUGAACUCUCUGCAAAGACUGGAACACAAAGUUUAUUAAUUUAAAGAAUGAUUUUUUGAAUUGUUUUACAUUUAAACACUAAUAGUUAAAUUGGAGCAGGCUGUUUCAGAAAUGCAUUCAUCUUCUUAUCAAACGAAAAUAGUAAACACGACUGCAGUUUCCUUAGUAAGGUUUUUUCUUAGCUGGUUUACACAUAAUUGCUUCACCAACUUUUUAAUAAACACAGUGAGUAGUCAGAUUUACACAUUGGUGGUUGGCGAAUCAGUAGAAAGCACCCCUUUCAAUCACUUUUUUUUUUCUUCAAAACAGCAGGAUGCAUUGUAACACAAUGUAAGAGCUCAGGUAGGACACAAAUUAUAUAAUUUAAUUCAGAAUUAUCUAAGAGGCUAAAUGGGAACCAUUAAGUUUAUCAAAGCACUUAACAGAUGCACAUAAAAAAGACUAGGAAAUUUUAUUUGCACCAAACUGUGGCUUGUUCAUUCAUUUUUAAUUUGGAGUCACAAGUUAUACUUCACACAUUAUAUAGGGGUUACUCACAGAUUUAAAUUCAUAAUUGUUUACAUGACUUUAUUUCGUUAUCAGUUUCAUGGAGGCAUCCCUCUCCCACCACUGCCAGCCUUCCAGCUGACAAGGACUGCUAUAGCUUUUAACUAAAGAGAAGGCCAUAAGAGUAACCAAAUGUAAAUGUUCACAACUGGUUUUCUUGUAGUCCUCAUUUGCACAAUAGUAGCAAGCCAGAUAAGGAGUUCAGCACUGUGUUGCUUUUCAAUUGUCUCACAUUAGGUGUAGAACAGGAAUUUUAUACUGGUCAUAUGUCCAGUAAGAAGGUUCAUUUUUUACCAUCUGACACUAUCAGCUAGAAAAUGUAUUCGGAUUUUGCUUUGAAGAGUCUGUGUUCUCAACUGGAUGCUUUUUUCAUUAAUUUCCUUCUGUCACAUCUGAGCAGCAAGGUAGAUAUAAAUCACUGUGUUGGAAUAUAUGUGGUUUCACUGAUGCAGAUGUGGCUUAUAUUUUUAUUUUAAACUUAUCAGUUUUCAGUAAUGUUUUUCUGAUAUAGCAAUGCAUUUCAAAUACAUCUGAAGUACUGCUGCUUUCUGAUAUCAUGAAGGUCUCUGGUUUGUGGAACCAGGAGUAAAAACAAAGCUGAAAUUAAACAGUGUUAUUUUUAAGUUUUAGUUUGCUAACUGAAUUAUAUUGAUUAGAAACCUUAAUUAAUGUAAAUAUGUUGUUUUACUUUUUGUUCUUUCUUGUACAAGCACUUUGCUCCUGUUUUUGACAAUAACCUGUUCUGACUAAGACAGUCACACAAGGGACUGGUUUAUGUCUGUCAGGCUGUUGUUUUUUUUUUGUUUUUUUUGUGUGUGUAAUACUUUCACAUGUGUUUCUUGAUAAAUUAGCCAGUACAGUGUAGGUGAUGGUCAGUGUGAAUUUUUGUAUUCAGACAUAGACCUACCAAGGUGUCACAGGCAAAAAUAGGAUUAGCCGUCAUCAUGUAUACUGUCUGUAAAAAAAAAAAAAAAAAAGGUUAAUUAAAU